AUGAUUGGAGAAUCUCACUUGUUUUACUAUGACCCACAGUUAUACGUCCCAAAAUAUCGUGAUUACUUAGAAGCACAAGGGAAUUUAACUAGAGAUUUAUUCAAAACCUAUGAAAAAGACGUCUCCCCUGUUUAUACUUGGUUUGACACUACGAAGCCGUUGGGUUAUGAUUCAGAUGCACCGAAACGAUGGAAUUACACUCUGUUUUUGUAUAGUCUAAAAUUGGUUGAGGUCAACGAGCCAGAAGAGCAGGUUUCAGUGGUUUUAGAGCUUAUGGAGUAUUGGUACGACCCUCGGCUAUCAUGGAAUGCAUCAGACUACAAAAAUGUAACAGCAAUCUUCACAAGACAAGAGAAAGUUUGGAGUCCGACACUUACUCCAUUUGGAGCAAAUGAGUUGAUUGAUUUCCGUGAUCAGGACUUCCGUCUAGUAUGUAUAGAUAACUUGGGACAGAUCUACGACUACUUAUCAGUCCGUGUAUCUGCUAACUGCCGGAUGAACGUUGCCAACUUCCCCUUUGACACACAAACCUGUCAAAUAAGAUUCUCACUUCCAAUAUUUAGUUAUCUCGAAGUGCAGAUAUUCAACGAAGUCUACCAGGGAAUUCAAAAUGUGUCGUCUUUUGAAAGAAUGGGAAACUCGGAAUGGGAACUAAUAAAUCUUACUAAUCGGGUGGAUUUCUUGUCAUUCAAUGAUCGGUUUGAUGUGGAGUUGUCAGUUUUUGAAAUUAAAAUUGCAAGAAAUCCGCUCUAUUACUUUUAUAUGAUAGUAUUCCCAUCGUUUGUGAUCAAUUCGGUGUCGAUUGUUGGUGUCUUCCUGAAAGGAGCCGAUAAAAUGUCAAAGUUAAACGUUGGCCUCACAAAUAUUAUGACAAUGACAUUUAUUCUUGGAGUAAUUGCAAAGCUGGAAACCUUCAUUGGAACUCCAUUGGAAUAUACAUGUGCUGUGGCUUUAGAACUGAUGACAUGUGCCAAUUUUCUGAUUAUGAUUGGAUUUUGGAUUGACGAUUCCUAA